UCUGCAAAACUUGAAAAAAUGAGUUGGGCGAUUAUUUUAACAGGGUGACGAUAUUAAAAAGUCUCCACAACAUUUUGCCACACUAACCGAGUUAUCCGUUACACACAGUGAUGUUUAGUUAGAAAGCUUCACAUCCUGCAUUGUGGCUUUAAGAAUGGGGCUUCCUUGAAACCGUCAAGUGCCAUGUUAGCAUGGUCAAAUUGAUGAACUUCUCUAACGUAACAACUUUUAGAAAAAAAAAAACAACCCAUUUCAGACACUUUUAACCUUUUCCUUUUUGAAGCAGUUUGGUCCGGUAUGGUUUGUUCAGUCCGCUUUUCUGCACUCUAGGGCGUUUCUUUAUUUUUACGCUAAGUAUGCGCGUUUGCAGACAGGGAGUGGCAAAAUAUAAAUAAUUUUUUUUGCCAUAACUCCUCGGAACUAAUUUUAUACAGCAAUAAACGUCCUUGUGUUUGAGUGACGGACCUAAUGGACCAUUCGCCGUCGAUAAUCACGCAAGUAACCAGAGACGAGGAGGAAAAUGCGACUUGUCGUGAGGACGGUGCCAACGAAGCAUCCCCCUCGAAGAAGCCUCGCAGCAGAGGCCUUCUCCACAGCCUUUUCUGCUGUCUAUGUCACAAACAAUCGGAGCCACCUCCGCUGAAAAACAAUGCCCCCCUCCUGGUCGAAGAAAAUGGGACUCUGUCAAAAGUUCCAGCAAAACCACUGCUCCCACAGAUGCAAACGAAUGAUGCGGGGAAGAUCUGUGUGGUCAUUGAUUUGGAUGAAACACUAGUGCAUAGUUCAUUUAAGCCAGUGAACAAUGCUGAUUUUAUCAUUCCAGUGGAAAUUGAUGGAACAGUUCACCAGGUGUAUGUGUUAAAAAGACCCCAUGUUGAUGAAUUCCUCAAAAGGAUGGGAGAGAUGUUCGAGUGUGUCUUGUUCACCGCAAGCUUAUCCAAGUACGCAGAUCCGGUGUCGGACCUGUUGGACAAGUGGGGGGCCUUCCGAAGCCGUCUCUUCAGGGAGUCAUGUGUCUUCCAUAAAGGGAACUACGUGAAAGACCUGAGCCGUUUAGGAAGAGACCUCAACAAGGUCAUCAUCAUUGAUAACUCCCCAGCCUCCUACGUCUUCCAUCCCGAUAACGCAGUUCCUGUAGCGUCCUGGUUUGACGACAUGUCAGACACCGAGCUCCUGGAUCUUAUCCCCUUCUUUGAGAGACUAAGCAAAGUGGACGACAUCUAUGAUGUUCUCCAGCAGCAGAGGACUUCAAGUUAACAGAGGCAGGAUAGUAGGAUGAAAAUAAGCACCAGCAGCUGUCGUCAAGGGGCCACGGAGGCUGGUGGGCCGCAGGCUCCACGCUGCUUCCAACUACAAGGACCACACUGCAAAAAAUGCCUGUCAUUUAAUCUCGUAUUCUCACAGUAUAUUACAGAAAAUUUAAAGCAAUCUUCCACCAGGGUUUGGUACUUCAGUAACGAACCCCAAUAUUUUUUUGUAACUCUAUCUAAAGACUGAAUAUGAGAUUGAAUGACUUCUGUAGAUAUCUUUUGCAGUGCAGCUAGUGUUGUUGUUUUUGUUGUUGUUGUUGUCGUCAUUAUGUGACAGCAGUGACCUAUGUCAGUGUGCUGUAAACCUAGACUGUGUGAACAGUUGUUCAGUGCCAUUCUUCAAGUGAACCACAACAGUAAUUUUCAUUUCAGGAUAACGUAGCAUUUGUAAUCGUAUUUUAAGUUCUCACACAGGAUUUAACAAGUCAUUGAAGACUUCUCCUUAAACCUUUAGUCAUUUUUUUUUAUUUUGCCUAAAAUGGCUAUAUGUGUAUGUUACGGAAGCCCUGAGAGGCAAGUGAGGAAAAAAAAGUUCUAUUGAUCCAUUUUCUAAGUCUGAUCUACAUUGUUUUGCAUGUAGGCUGGUAGAAAAACAAUUGUCAGGAUCAUUAAGUGUUUAUUGUUGUAAUACUCUUUUUGGCCACAAGAGGCUGAAGUGCACCAUUACCAAAUGUUUAAAAUAAGAGUGAACUUGCAAUACCUUGUAGUGAGAGUGCAUGGAGAAAUAAAAAACUCAGCUGCCAGAAAAUGUGAUGUGCAGAUUAAGCUUCACAAAUCAUUUUCUUUAUUUUCUGAGCCCACUAGAUGGUACUCUCUCACUGAGUUACCAUUCCUUGAGCCUUUUUUUUCAAACCACCCCAUCUAUGGGGCAUAGAAGAUAAAGAAAAUGGUUCAUGAAGCUUUGCUGGGACAUCACUGCUUUUAAUCCUAUUAAGAAUGUGGGGUAGUGGUGCACUUCUGCCUCUUGUGGCUGAAAUAAGUAGUAUAACAACAAACACCUGGAAAAAUGAACUAAAAAAACACACCUGACCAAUUGUUUUUUCCACCAGUUUAAGAGAAUUUAGGAAUACAGUCAUGGAAAAAAAUAUUAGACUGCCCUUUUUCUUCAAUUUCUAAGAGCUUUCUUAAGAGCUGAUAUCUAGCCAUUCUCCAUGGUUGUCUUGGUAAUGAUUUUGGUUAUUGUCAAGAACACCAUGUUGAAUGUCUAGAUAUCAGCUCUUAACUCUUUUGAGCUAUUUUUGUUGUUAUCAUUAUAUUUGUUCAAACAAAUGUACCUUUAGUUGUACCAGGCAUUAAAAUUAACAUAAAUUGAAGAAAACAAUGGUGUAAUAAUUUUUUCCAUGACUGUAGAAUGAUUAUUUACGCAAAACCUUUUUUUAAAACCGGUUUUAAGUCAUAAACACAGGAGAAAAAAAGAAUUAGAUCAGACUAGGAUCACUAGACCAGAAUUAUUUUCUCAUCAGCCUCUAUGGGGUUCUGUAGCAUGUAGUAAACGACAAUCAUUAACCUUAGAGAGUUUAAUCAUUUCUAUAACAUAUCACGACAAAAAAAACCCCACACAUUUCUGUGCACUUACUGUAUUUCUUCGGAAAGCUUUGAACAAAACUGUUGUUGUAGAAAUUUGGCUCCAAAAUCAUUCUUUAGCAAUGGAAAACCAUAUCUUGAAGUCCUUUGCCAUUGAUUGUAGUCCUCAUUCACUACAUUACAGAAGACCGAUAAGGUUUAAUCACUAAAUUCUAAUAUAACUGCGAUGCUAUUAUUAACGUGUGAUACCCUUUUUAUGCCCAGUCCAGUCACAAAACACACUUACAUGUUAGCAUUAAGAGAACAGAAUGCACACUGAUUGGACCUUUCACACACAGAGACUUACCACUGCAGAAACGGUGAGAUUAUUUUUGUAUAUAUACAGUAUAUCAGGAUUUUAGGCGAUCAUUUUGAUUUGGUUUUAAUGUUAUUUCAUGUUUUUAAGUUGAAUCGGCCACCACAGUGAUCGGCCCAUUGAUAAUGCAAUACUGUUCAUGUGCGCAGGAGGCUGUAACCUUCUCUGGAGACUGAAAUAAGUUUGACAUUUGAUUUUAAAAGCACACUUUUAUCUGUAAUUUUUUUGUGUAAGACAUUAAUGAGUCAACUGUACUGCCGUAUGGAGCUGUAAAUACAGUGUCAGUGGGGAAACUCACUGAUUUACUUUAACUCAGUCUGGAGCGAGUGUGUAUAUGUGUAUGUGUGCGUGUGGGUUUCAGUGUGAUUGCGCCAGUGUGAGUAUUUACAUUGGUUUUAAGAUUUUAAAAAACUAUGACAAUACGUGAAAAAUACCCAUAACCUGUCUUUAAAUAAUGAUUUAACUUUUUUACUGUAUGCAAUAAGAGUAUUAACGUUGUGACUCGAGUAAAGAAACUGGUGCAGACAAGUGACUUUUUAAAUUGCUGCUGAAAAUUGUUAAGAUUGAAAAAAAAAAAAAGACAACUAGAGAUAUUUUUACCUUGCAUCAAUAAAGCAUGUUUUAUUGAAACAGGUCA